CAAUGGCCUUUGCCGUCUUGUCCCUGAGUGCCCCCCUGGAGUGAUACGCUCGCCGUUGGAGUGUCGCCGGUCUCUCACCACCUACACGUGUUCCGAAGCAGACGAGACCCAGUGAACGGACACCAUGGAGACGUCAGCGCGCCUAUUGACUCGCGGCCUCGCCUUCGGGGUGCUGGUGCUAUUGAGUGCCACAUCCGUAACCGCACACGAACACCACAUGGACAACAUACCAGAGGGCAGUGCUAUCUCCGACGACCCUAUUGACAGCAUACUAUGGACUCACAUUCUCGUACAGGCCGUGGCCUGGGGGAUACUAUUUCCCACGGGCAUGGUGUUGGGAAUAAUACGCUCGAGAUGGCAUGUUCCCGUUCAGACCAUCGGCUCUAUCCUCGCCCUCAUCGGUUACUUCCUGGGCCAUAAGCACAAAGGCCGGCAGUUUGCGCCCAACGCCCACGCCAAGUUCGUACCGACGCUCAUGUUCACGCUUCUCUCCCAGAUUAUCAUGGGAAUAUACCUGAAAUUGCAUCUGGAAAAAGGGAUUCACGGGAAGAUCAGGAAGGUGGUCGUCAAGGCACACGGAUGGGUGGGAAAGCUUAUGCCCAUCGUGAGCUGGGUCCAGUUCGUGUUGGGAGGCAUAGCCUCAAUGGGUUUCUGUCGUGCGGACCAUAUGGGCCAGUGUCUGGCGCAUUUCAUCAUGGGCAGCGCAUUCAUCGCAUACGGCAUUCUCCUUACCAUAUUGCUUUUGGUUGGACAGGUCUGGCUACGGAGGAGUGGACGCAGCCAAGAGUUCUUUGAUUCGCUUGUCAUCGCGGCAUGGGGCUGCGUCAAUACCUUCACCGAGCACCGCUGGGGCUCCGCGUGGGUCGGUAACGACCUGCAGCACACCACCAUGGGUAUUAUCUGGUGGUGCGCAGGCCUAGUUGGCAUUUGGCUCAGCCGUAGCAGGAACGGGAGGCCAAAGAGGAACCUCAUCCCCGGCAUUGUCAUUUUGCUGACAGGUUGGGGUAUGUCUGCACACGCCCAGCAUCUGCCUAUUUCCACCAUGGUCCACACCAUCUUUGGUUACACGCUUAUGGCCGCGGGGUUGACGAGAAUCAUUGAAAUAUCCUUUGUGCUCAAGGAUCGUAACACGCUUUCCGAGGACGGUACGGAUCCGAAUAGCUUCCAAUACCUGACUCCUUUCCUCCUGUUCGCUUCUGGCUUCCUCUUCAUGGGCGCCACCGAAGAACAGAUGCAGAUCCUUGCUGACGCUCACAUCACGCACGUGUCUUACGUCUUCAUCCUAUACAGUCUUGCAUUCCUACUUUUCCUCUUUGUUAACAUGUUAAUUCACCUCUACGCCGUGCAUGCGUGGGGUCAAGACACCAAGAAUGACGCGGAAGCUCCACGAGCAAAUGGCGCUCCCAAUGGUUACGCACGGGUCGAUAGCAGAGUCCGCGAUGCGGAAGAGUUCGAGCUCGAUGGCCUGGUCUCGGAGGACGAAGAUGCAGUGGCCAUCGAGGACAAGGAGCGACAGCCCUUAACUUCGCGCACAUGAUCACCUCUUACCAAUAUUUGAGUAUUGCAUUUUAUGUUCCACGCCAUUCCAAUACCACUUUGACUUGAGCUUUGUGACCCAGUAAUGUGAGAC